CCUUUGAAGACCAUUUCGAGUUUGGAGAAAGACAGCGCGGGGGAAGAAAGCAAAACCCCAUGAAUUUUUAAGUUUUUUCGGUCGGGCAAAACCUCAUGAAUUGAAAGCUCCAGUUUUGUAGCAGAAGGAAGAAACCGGAGUUCCUUAAAGUUCGUCAGAUUCGGAGACACCCAUGUUCCAUUUGUCUCGCGAAGCCCUGCUUCACGUUAGGGUUCUUCAACUCGCUCCACAAGCCGAUUCACUCCGCCUGCUGCUCAGAUUUUCCUCGACCUUGUCGAAAUCUCGAGCGUUCAGAGUCUCCUACCUCGUCAACUCUUGUGGGUUGUCUCCAGAAUCGGCUCUCUCCGCUUCCAAGCUCCUCAAAUUCGUAACCCCAGCAAGACCGGACGCAGUCAUCGGCGUCUUCAAGAACCGAGGUUUCACUCCGGCUCAAAUCUCACAGAUCAUCGCGAGGUUCCCCACGUUGCUUUCGUUGGACCCGGAUAAGAUUCUCUCGCCAAAAUUCGAUUUUUUGCGCUCCAGAGGGAUCUCCGACCUCGAAUUAACCAAGCUCGUGGUUGUGGUCCCGUGGAUUUUGGGCAGGAGCCUAGAGCAGCAUUUGGUACCCACUUUUCGUUACGUUAGUAAUUUGUUACAAUCCGAUGAGAAGGCCAUCGGAGCCAUCAAACGUGCUCCUCGAUUAUUGUAUGAUAAUCCUCAAGUUGAACUUGUUCCUGAAGUCACGGCUUUGAGGAAUGCCGGAGUGCCGGAGGGGAAUAUCCGGCAUUUAGUCCUGUACCACGGGCAUAUGUUUUGGAGCCGGUCCUUCCGAUUUGAGGAGAACAUGAAUAGGGUGAAGGCAAUGGGUUUUGACCCUUCCAAAGUGAGUUUUGUCAUUGCUCUGCGCGUGCUUAUGGGCAUGAGUGAGUCGGUGUGGAGGAGGAAAAUUGGUGUGUAUGGCCAGUGGGGUUGGUCCGAGGAGGUGGUUAUUUUAGCUUUCAGGAGGUAUCCAUUGUGCAUGAUGUUGUCGGAGAGCAAAAUUACUGCCACAAUGGACUUCUUUGUCAAUGUUGUGGGGCUUGAUCCUUUGGUUAUCUCCCAACGUCCACUAGCCAUCGCAUUUAGCUUAGGGAAGAGAAUUGUUCCUCGGGGUUCAGUCUUUCAAGUUCUACUGUCUAAAGGUUUGGUUAAACCCUGUAGCCUGUCUACAUUGUUGACUAUUUCGGAGCAGAAGUUCCUGGAGAAGUAUGUGACUACUUAUUUGCGGGAAGUGCCACAGUUGUUGGCUCUCUAUAAUGAGAAGAUGGGUCUUGCAUGCUAGUUUGGAAUUUUUGGUACUUGUUCAGGUUAAUCUAGGAUAGGAUUCUGGUAAAACCGAACAAAAAUUUGGCUCUUCUUUUUGUCUUUUGUCUCCGUGCUACUUGAUAAAUUUAAAUUCUCUAUUUGUGAGGUUAUUGUUUCAUCCCUCCAUGUUUAAUAUUUAAUCCUCCUAUCUUCUGUGCAAUAUCUCCAAUACCAAAACUAAAAUGGAACUUGAGGAAAAAUCGAACGAUAGUGGUUCUUCCUUCUUUUGACAAUAUUAAUUUUCCUUCCUGUAAAUUCUCUUUGCCUAUCUGUGUUCCCCUCAUAAUUAUUCUUGCAAUGUGUCCCCGUAAUAAUGAAACUAUUGGCUGUGCUCGAACCUAAGGUAUUGAACUGACUUAAGGCAACUCCUAAUUAGUUUUACUUUAUUUUACUAUUAACUUAGCUUUGUUCCCUGUCACCUGGUGCCAUGCUAGUAGUUCUUCAUGUUCAGAUAAAUAUUCUUUAUUUUUGCCAGGUUUGGAGAUAUCAUGAUGAAAUGCUCUGAUUAGUAAUUUGUACUUUCAUAGAUAAUGACAAAAAUUACUUGUUUACAGUUUUGUCUAGACUCAAAUAUGAAGUGGAUAUGUUCCCCUUGGAGAAGUUAGAUUCCAAAUUUACCAGUAUAAAAGGCAACUGUGUUUCGAGCCUCUGAUGGGUUUUAAUCAUGGAUUUCAGUAUAAUUAGGGCAACAAAUGACUUGAGACAGGGAGCAAAUCAAUGCAUGCUGCAAGUCAGUUGAUCCGGGGCAAAAUCUGUUUUAAAUUUAAAGAGGCAUCCUUGGUGUAAGGAGUCAUCUGAGAGUGAUAUUGCAGCGGCGAUGAACUUUUUUGUCAACAUCCUUAUCACUCAAAAUCCCAUAAAGAUGAUGUCCAACAGUUUGUCUGGAGAGGCUGUAGCUUGCUCAUAUGCGAUUGUUUCACCCAAUUUCAUGAGGAAUUUUGUGACUGCUAAUGGGGGAUGGUCCUCACUCAUUUGAACUAUGCAGAGAAGAUGUGUCUCACAUGCUUGAUUGGAACUUGAGGUACUUGGUGGGAAAUUAGAAUGUUCAUAAACAAAAGGGAAAAUUCUCCUUCUCUUGCUUGGAUUUUUGCUGCUUGGUGAAGCUUGUUUCGUCAUUUAGUAUCUUAUUCAUUUCAUUCUUCUGGGUUUAAAACUUAA